GACGACCCGUCUUCAUCGCCGAACAACCUCAAAACGCCAUCAACAACGAUUCACUGUUAUUCCAUCAAAAAAUAAAACAACUUUUGAUUUUUGAUCUUUCUUUUGUUUCUGAUCCAUGGAGGUUCCGAGUUCCUGGGAUGCCCUUCGCAAGCAGGCGAGAAAACUUGAAGCUCAGUUGGAUGAGCAGAUGAAUUCUUAUCGUAAAAUGGUUUCUGCUAAUGCUUCUUCAAAAGCUGAUGCCUCAGAGAGUGAUCUAGAGUCUUGGAUUGAGCGAUUACUAAAACAACUCCAACAAGUAAAUGCUCAGAUGCAAGCUUGGGUGUCAUCUGGUGGUUCAGAAAUGGUUUCUCACACUUUGACUAGACACCAAGAAAUUCUUCAAGAUCUCACCCAGGAAUUUUAUCGCCUUCGUUCAAGUCUUCUAGCUAAGCAAGAACAUGCUUCACUGCUGGAAGAUUUUAAAGAAUUUGAUCGGACAAGAUUAGACUUGGAACAAGGUGUAGACACUGAACAGCAUGCACUCCUUAAAGAGCGUGCAUCUAUCAGCCGAAAUACAGGACAUAUGGACAAUGUUAUUUCACAAGCACAAGCAACACUAGGAGCACUUGUAUUCCAACGUUCAACAUUUGGUGGUAUCAAUUCAAAGCUUGGCAACGUUAGCAGUCGUCUCCCAACGGUAAAUACCAUACUUUCGGCAAUAAAGAGGAAAAAGUCAAUGGAUACCAUUAUACUUUCCCUUGUUGCAGCCGUAUGCACAUUUCUGAUUUUCAUCUACUGGCUAUCCAAGUGAAGGUGUUGCUUUUGUUGGAUACUCCACUUUUGUAAACUCCUGUAUGUUCUUUUGUCUAUUGAGUUUAGUACCUCGUCCAUGCUGAACCACAUUCUUCAACUAGUCUAUUUUUUUAUUCCAUUGUUCAUCCAUGUACCAGAAAAGCAAUGCUCAGCAAAGUAAAGAUCAGAAAUUUCAUAGUGCUCUAUUUCUUGGUUCCCAUUUCAUAAAUCAUAGCAUGUAGUGAAGAGGGGUGGAUUAUUAUAUAUACAUAUAUAUAAAGGUGUGUGUUUUGGUUCAA